AUGGCGAAAAUUGAAAUUGACGUAAAUCGUGUAUCUUUUCCUUCUACGAGGUUUACAUUGGACGAAUGGGAUCUCGAUAAUCAGUUCAGAUAUCGAAGUUCCGAGGCACAACAAGAAUUAUCGGAACGGCUCUUAGCUGAGGCAACGCUUGCGUGUGAGUCUGCCAAGGAAAUCGUAAAAACUAAUAAAAAGGAGACAGAUCAUCGACUGUUAGAAAAACUAAAUGACAUUGAAUUUCGUAAAGGAGAAUUGCUACGCAUAAGAAAGGACACUGUUCUGGAAAUCGAUGCAUUGUCUGUAUACAAAGAACGUAUUACGGAUGUAUUAAAGUCCGUAAAAAGAAACGCUCUUGAAAUUUGUGAAAAAUGUCUCAUAGCUAGAAAAUGUAGAUUGAGUAUUGAUUUGGUUUACGAUGAUGUUGAAACGAAUCUAUUGAAAGAGCGUGAAGUGAUACAAGGAGCAGAGAAUCUAGUGGAUCGAAUUUUAAGAAAAACUUACGAACAAAUCCGUAAAUUAAAAGCCACGUUAUAUUGUAUUGACCAUGAUCUCGAAAAUAAGGAAAACAAUUUACAUAUCGAUCGUCGCAAUGUGACUUUAAAAGAAACCGAUUUCAAUUUGAACAUUUACCACGGUACUUCGCCUCUCGACAAAUCGGUAGUAAAAUUGAAUGAAUGGGAACUGCAAACAAACAGCAAUGUUAUUGAUGCAAAUAAAGAAAUGAAUAGCGCAAAGCAAUUACGCUGUUACAUUGAUACCAUAAUUAAGGAAACGAUUGAUGAAUUAAAUAACCAAAAGGAUGUGACAAAUAAAGCUUUCAGACAGCGUAUUGAACAGACUCGAGAAGCCAAAACGAAACUGGAACUUCAACAUUCAGAAACAAUAAAACAAGUUACCGCCAUGUUAAACAAUAUUACACACAUAAAGAAGUCAAUAGCUGAGAAAGAAGGAUAUAUGGCUCUGGCUCAUACAAGAUUAGGACAUCGAUGUCAACGUCCAGGGAUUGAACAUACUCAGGAUUUAGUCGAAGUCAAUCUCGUGAAAGAAAUACAUGAAUUACGAAAUGUCGUGGCAAAUCUACAACGAAUGCUUUACGAGGCAGAGGCAUCGCUACGAUACUUGCUCAAAACGCAAAUUCAACUCGAAGAAGAUAUCAAUGUGAAGACGAAUACUUUGAAAAUUGAUGAGGUUGAAUGCAUGACUUUACGUCAAAGUAUGGAUUAUCGCGCUUAUUAA